GGGGAACGACGCGGGGACGGAGGGAAUGGGAGGAACGGGAGCGGAGGAGUAGCCUUGGUCUCUGGGACAGCUGAGGCAGCCCCAGCCCUGCUGCCGGAGGCCCUGAUCCUGCCGUGGUUUGGUUUCGGAAGGAAGUGUGGGGGUGAUCCUGAGGGGGUCCAGACCUUGAGAUCGUGCUCUGGAUCUGUCUUGGUGCUCCUGGACCAGGGGCUGAGACACCCACACACCCCUACUGCCCAUCCUCACACACCCAACUCCACUACAAGCCUCGUCUCCGUGGCCCCUGCCAGAUCCCUGUCCCUCUACACGGGGACACUUGGGACGUCGGUGUUUGUCCCCCACCCUGGUUUGGCGACAGCAAAGCUCUUUGCUGAAUGGAUGAGCUGUUUUCUCCACCCGUGUGGAGGUGGGACAAGCACGAGGGUUGUUCAUGGACUAUCCAACCGUAUUCCUGGGAUGGCUGUCCAAACGCUCCUGGAGCUGGGUGCUGUGCUCGGAGAAGGGAGUGUUGCUCAGGCAGGUGUUGGCCCUCAGCAGAGCAGCAACAGCCAGAGAAAACCUUCUGUGUGCUGCAGGUGAUGCACUCCUGGCUUCCCACAGAUCCUACAGGUCCCGACCUACACAUGGAAUUGGGAGGUUUAAAUACCUGCUCCCAAAGGAGGUUCCAAAGAGGAGGAAGGAAAAGGUGCAGAUGAAAGAGAUCAGUGCUGGCACUGAGUACCAGUAUGGAGAUAUCAACAUCCAGAUGACUUCCCAUGACCUGUGCCUGGUGGAGCACUUUGCUCAGUAUGUGCACAGGCUCUGCAACCGCCUCUCCAUCCGGGUCAAUGAGAGCUACGCCAUGCCCACCAAAACCAACGAGGUGCUGUUCCUGGAAGAGAGGGGAUCCAAAAUGCAGCUGGAUGCAGUCCUUACCACCCACCAGAGGGUUGUCCAGAUCCGCGGUUUGAGCUCCACGUUUGCUCCCAUCCUGCUGGAAGUCAUUCAGAGCAGCCAGCCUGAGGGGGUGCACCUGCUGAUGAAACAGCACACGGAAGCCGAUUUCAAGAGCCGGCUGAAGGCUCGACCGGAGCUGGAGGAGCUGCUGGCAGAGUUGUCCUGAGGUGAGGAGCAAUGUGCUGCCAUCCAUGGGCUCUUCCAGCCUCCACAGGGUGCUUCUGUGAGCUCUGUCCUGGUAACUCUGUGAAUUGGGAGGAAUUCCUACUGUUGGCAACCAGCUUGUCUCAGUAAAAAUAAAUAAUGUGUUUAUAUCUCACUGGUUUGUACUGGGAGCAAAGGUGCCACAAUGGA